AUUCGCUUUCCCCGAGGUUCACGGCAGUUGGGAGCCAAUAGCAUCGCGAUAGACAAUCCCGCACGGGCAAGCUAACAGCUCACCUCUCGCUCCUCUCGUCGUCACAUGACCCUUUUCACUGUGUAGGCCAUAUUUGACAGUGUCCAGUACUAGUUUAGUGAAGUGAGUGUGUGAAGAUUGUUCCUCUUCACUUAACCCCUGGUGUUUUUUGAUAUAACCUGUAAAUACUCUAACAACUAAACUCGCCAAGAUGAGUACUGUCGAUAUCGGAGAAACAAAUCCCAUCUACGGGCCAUUCUUUGGAGUAAUGGGCGCCGCCUCGGCGAUCGUCUUUUCCGCCCUCGGAGCGGCCUAUGGAACUGCAAAGUCCGGUACCGGUAUCGCAGCCAUGUCCGUCAUGAGGCCUGAGCUGAUCAUGAAGUCCAUCAUUCCCGUCGUCAUGGCGGGUAUUAUAGCCAUUUAUGGUCUGGUGGUGGCGAUUCUUAUCGCGGGGUCGGUCGACUCGCCGACGAACAAUUACACCCUUUACAAGGGAUUCCUUCACCUCGGAGCUGGUCUCGCGGUAGGAUUUUCGGGUCUGGCCGCAGGUUUCGCAAUCGGCAUAGUGGGUGACGCAGGUGUGAGAGGUACCGCUCAACAACCGCGUCUUUUCGUCGGUAUGAUCUUGAUCCUUAUUUUCGCCGAAGUAUUGGGUCUCUACGGUUUGAUCGUCGCCAUCUUCCUCUACACCAAGGUGUGAAGCGGUAAUAAUACCGGGACUGAUUCACGCGGGAAUAUUCAUCUCCCCCCUAGAUAUAAAAUUACAUAUAAAUACCAUCAACAAGAACGAGAAGAACAACAACAACAACAACUACAACAACUACAACAACGAGAAUAAAAAAAAUAUACAUAUAUAUGUAUGUGUAUAUAUAUAUAUAUGUAUAUGUAUAUAUACAUAUGUAACAGACGCAGACAAGCGAGCAACACUUCUCUUCACUUCGCAUAGUAAUCACACUAAUAACGACAUCUCUGUUAUCCGCAUAAAUUGGAAAACAAAAAUUUCAUUCAUUAAUCAAUAAAUUCGCGAAAAUUCGAUCGCGCGAUGCAAGGGUAGUAGAUCGUCUUCUCUCUUUCUCUCUCUUAUUCCUAUCACCGCAUCAUGUGCCUACCCAUAUGUACAAUCCUUGCAUGAAGUAGCUAACGAUCUUAAGGGAAAGCGAUAAAUGAAAACCUGAAUUACUCUGGUUUUUUUUUUUUUUUUUUUCUUUGACGCUUUGAUAUGUGGAAAGAAUGAGGGGAUGGAGAAGAGUAGGGAGAUAAUAUAAGAAGAUGAAACAGAAAUGAUCAAAUAAAUGAAGAACACUCGUCGCACACCUGCAAAGUCAGUUUUCUGUAUAAUAUAAAUAAAUAUACACACACAAACAUAUAUAUAUAUACAUAUAUAUGUAUAUGUUGUAUAUGUAUUGAUACCCAGGGGGAGGAAUAUUUCCGACAAGGAAAAAGAAAAACCGGCGACAAAAACUGUCUGUAAUAAAUAAUAUACGGUUGUCGUCGCGUCAUAUCAUGUAAAUCGUUAUCAUCCGUCAUUUUCGUCAUCGUUACAAAUCGUCACCUUCGUCGCCGAUGUGUCACCGCUACAAGAGGAAGGAAAAGAAAAAAGAGGAAGAAAAAUUGUUUGGACAAAGAUCGAUAAAUAAUAUUCAAACAAACGAACAGCAAAUUAUAUUAGCCAUUACGAUACUACUAUGGGUACAGUAACAUAGGGCUGCUACUGCCAUAUGCUAAAAUAAUAAUAUACAACGUAGUAUAACCGCACUGUCGUCGUCGUAUACCUAUAUACGAAAGAUCAGAGAUAAACGUGUUGAAAUUAAAUCAAGAAAUAAAAAAUGAAAUUCGAUCAAACUUACGAACGAUAUGCGAAUUUUCUCUUCAGUUCUGUCCGCGACGAAACGGCCUACUUUUUUUCCUUUUUUUUUCUCUCUUUUUAAUACAUUCAGCCAAUUUCGUCCCUCAGUAAUACCAGCUGACAUUUUGAUGCACUUUGUUAGAUUUUAUUUUUAUUUUUCUCUUUUCAUCAUCUCAAUCCUCCCACCCCAGCUGCAACACAUAUGUAUAGGUAAAUUGUCGAUAUCACGCAGAGGGAUAUUAAAAUCUGUGCACGUUUAAUGAAAUCGCGAGACGCGAAUACGCAGGAACACACAAAAGAUAAUACAUUAUGUGUGUAUGAUAGUGCAUGUAUAGAAUAUUAUAAUUAACGUCGGCAGCGUAUAUAAUCCACGUUUAAUCGGUGUGUACAACUGGCGGUGAAGGGGCGAAGGGAAAGGGUUCGGAGGAGGGAUUAAAAAGGUAAUGGAAGACGUUGAGAAGGGAGAAAGAAGUCGCUUGUUAUUCCAAAGGAAAGCCCGAAAGUUCCUCUUGCGCGCACCUUUCUCUAUAUUAUUUAUCAUUUGUAUAGCUGAAAAGAAACACACGUACAUAUAAUAUGCGAGAUAUCAUUUUAGCGAGUACACGUAUAAUUAUACAUACAUACAUACACGUGCAUAAAUUACAUAACAUAAGGUACACGCAUACACAUAUGGUACACAUAGUAUCUAUAGAACUAUAUAUUAUAGUUUGAAAAGAAAAAAAGAAGACAUCAGCUAGUUAAAAUUAAUAACUUCAUUGGUUUUUAAAUCGUUGUGUGUUGUAUAUGAAGAGGGCGGAAAAAGAAAGAGAAUAGGAAUAAAAAAGAAAAUGAUUGUAUUAAUACGAUAUACAUAUGUAUAAUUAUGACUAUAUACACAUAUAUUAAGCACAAUUAUUAUAUUUCUCAGAAGGGCAAACGAAACGUCAGCAUCGAGUUCGUCUUUGUUAUAAUUUUUCGUUUUCUUUUUUUUUUCCUUUCUUUUUCAUCUCGCUUUAAGGUAUAGAACCAAACGGUAUACGAAUCGUUUUUAGCCAAAAUCCGCUCUACAGUAGAGAGAGAAAGAGGAGAAAUAAAAUAAAAAAUGACUCAUUCGUUGCUCUGUUUUCCUUUAUCUUUCUUGCUCGCGGAAAAAAAAUGUCAAUGUCAAGUCUUUGCUGGAUUCGACUUCUGCAUAAAUUUACAAUCUUAUACCGAAAAAAAAAAGAAAAUACAUAUAUAUAUAUUUAAAUGGAAAAAGCAUUGGAAAAAAAUAAGAUCCAGAAAAAAAAAACAUCAAGUACGCGAUAGUAUUACACCGAGAUGACGUCGAUACGUGCAUAUUUAUAGAUAUCGGUCUGUAGUAACAUCUGCAGUUUAAGUUGUUCGUUCGUGGGGCAGGAGGUGGAAUUGCAUUAGGGGUGGAGAAAAAUAUUUAUCGCCUUAGGCCAGCGACAAUUUUUUUCCCUUCAUCAUAUUAAUUACAUCCCCCCCCCCCCCCCCCAAUGUUUCUUUCCAAUGAAACAUGGAAUAUUACUGAAAUUACUGAAAUCAAGAAAAAAAAACGAACAUGACAUUGACCAGCUGAUGCUAUCUAUAUGUAUGUACAAUAUAUGGUACCAAACGAAAUGUAGAACGGAGCACGUAAUAAAAUAGUUGAACAAAAAAAGAAAGAAAGGAAAAGGAUUACGACGAAGAUGAGGAAGGUGAAAAAGAAGAAGAAGAAGAAGAAGAAGAAGAAGGAGAAGGAGAAGGAGAAGAAGUAGUAGAAGAAAACUAAGUAAAAUAAAUAAUACAAUUUGUACAUUCCAUGAUAUAAGUUUUGUUUCGAAACGACAAAGAAAAAAAACACACACACACAUAACGCGUGCAUUAUACGCAAUCACGCGUUCGAUCGCGUCGUUUUGCAUUUUAUUUAAUUUGUUUAAAUCCUAUCGCGAGGGAGCCCCCCGUUUUUAGCGUGUCACUGACGGUUGUCCUGUGAAAAUUCAACAAACUUCACUGAGAAUAAAAAAUGGGACACCGUCAACUUGCUGCGGGGUGCGCGUCAGGGUUUGGAGGAAAAAAUUCCGCCAUCGCAUUGCGUACAAAGUCCUCGGGGUUAAUUAAUGAAGGAGAGGGACGAGGGUCUAAUUGACACAACGAUCUUUUAUCGAUAACAAUAACCGAUAAUCGCUCAAGAGCUUAUGUUAUGUUGUAUUGAAAUCGCCGAAAGAUCCGCCGUGUCGAUCGUUUGGGAGCUGACGAUCGAUAUCGGCUAGAUUUAUUAGGCGUUAUUAUGACGUAGCUUGAUUUUAUUAAAAACGAACUCCCUAUCUAUCUCCGGAUGAUAUUUGUUGAAUAUGUAAAUCGCGUGUAAUAAUUUUAAUCAAAUUAUUCUACGGUCUGCUCGAGGGCUGGGCAGUUUGUUAUUCGUGAUUACACCCGCAACAAGGGCGGAAAAAUAUGAUCGAUCGACGCGAUCGAACGUAUACGAGAAUUGAUUAAUUAGCUAUUUUACUGUCCACAGUAUUUCGCAUUAACAAGUCUAGAAGUAGCUGUUUUUUGUGAAUUGAUACAUAUAAAUUAUUACCUUUUUGCAUUUUUUUUUUUUUUUUUUUUUUCUCUGCCCAUAGGGUUUGUUUUUCACCCAUAAUUGACAUACAUUCGACGUGAAAUGAUUGCAGGUGUCAAAAUUUUCGGGAAAAAUGAAACUAUGAGUAAACGUGUAAGACCGUUGUUGCUUUUAUUGCCUGAAAAAUAAUCACACAAAUACGCCCUGCGAUAUUGUCUGGCGCAAAACCACCACCCCGACUCCUAAAAUUAGGAUAUAUCGUACCAAACGAAAAUCGAAAACUGUGUAAAUCCACCGAUGAAUCCGUUCGCUCGCUCACUCACCCUUAAAAAAAAAAAAAAAAAAAAAAAAAAAAAAAAAAAAAAAAAAAAUCAAUAUGUGAAGCAACCUCCUCGCGAAAUCAACGAUUCUUGUCGACUAUCUUUAGGUGUCCCGAAAAUCUGUAUAGAAAUAACGUUAGAACUAAAAAUGUAAUUAUAGAUAUAAUGAAAGCUUGCCUGUUGUUAUAUUCUAUAAUGGCUCACAGGCCGAAUUAGGGGGAUACUUGACUGUGUAUUGUUCACUGCGGGGAAAAGAGAGCAGGGCUGUAUUCGAAUUCGAACGAAUGGAAUGAAAUGACAACAGUUUUGAAGCGGAAGAGUGAGAGUGAGAGAAAGGGUGAGAGAGAACGGGCGCGCGGGGAAUAGUUAAAUUACUGUGUCGUAACGAGCACUGGCAGAGGCAAUUAUAAAGAGGUACAGAGCAUGUAUGCAAUGGAGAUUUUCGAAGUUGCAAAGAAAAUGAAAUAAA